AUGGGUGCGAAACGCUUCCUUCUCGGUGUCGCGUGUGCUGCCAUCUUGGCACGUGUCGAGAGUUCCUCAACCAUCGUGAAUAAGACAGCGCCCGUAGUGGCCGAGUACCCGGAUGAGCUCCUCUUUUCUUCCGAUGCUGACGCCGAUAGCAGCCUCGUCGCUCAGCUGAACCAUAAAGCAAUCAACAAGACGACAACGGAGGAGAGAUUCGCUGAACCGAUUUCCUCGUGGUUUGGAAACCUUGUGCGUAAACUGUACUCGAAGACGACCGACUCUGCGGGUCUAUUCGGGAGUGUCUUUGCCUGGCUCGUGUCGACAUUGCAUCUCCGGUCCUGGGCGUUAAUGGGUCGCACCCCUUCCGAUCUUGCCAACUUCCUCAAGCUUCCUAAAGGUGAUGCCCUUUUUAAAAGCUGGGAACUCAGUCUACUGAAACGGUACAUCAAGCUCCUGCCAGGAGGCCGAGAGACCAAGACAACACGGCUGCUGGACGUGUUGCUGGAACACUAUGGUAGUGAGGCUGAGUUGGCGUCGGUGUUGAUAACGUACACAACUUACAAUAUUGACUUUAAAGCGAGGAGAUUGCUGGAAGCAUUGAUUUCCAAGUCGCUGGAUGCUAAGAAGUCGUAUGAAGGUGUAGUGGACAGCUUUGGCAUCGAUACUAAGCUGGCACUGGCUUUGUUCAAGCUCACCCUUCCUUUUUUAAACAGCAACAAUUUGAACGCCUUGUUGAAAGGACUGUUGAAAGUAGUGUAUGCCAAGUGGCGAGUUGCCGGGGUACCGUUACUAGAGGUUCCUAAAGACGAAAGUUUUUUCGUAAGCACGGAGCUACUUCUGCUGGAAGAUUAUGUCAAUAGCCUUCGCCCGGAGGAAAAGACCAAGACAACGUUGCUGGACUUGGUGAUAAACCAUUUUGGGGACGAGGUCGAGUUUGAACAUGUUUUGCUCGAUUACGUACUCAAGCAACCGCUCCGUAAGACAACAAAUGCAUUGCUGGAAGCAUUGCUUACGAAGAGGCAGCGUGCCGGGAAACCAUUACUGAAGAUUCCGAAAGACGAGAGCCUUUUUGACAGCCGGGAACUGGCGUUGCUGGAUCGGUACGUCUUCUUUCGUCCAAAGGAAUUGACCAAGAUGACGUUGCUGGACGCAGUGAUAGGCAGCUUGGACAGCUCUGGUAGUGAAGCUGAGCUUGCACCGGUUGUGUUCAAGUUCGCACCCGCUUAUAAUAAAUUUGUACCAGCGAGAACAUUGCUUCUGGAUUUGCUACGUAAGUGUAACGGGGCACCCUGA